AUGACAGAUCAAUUAUUAGCUCCGCCGACGCACCUGUCGCCGACCGAGUCCCUGCGAUUGUCGCAAUUGGCGCCCAAAUGGCUCCGUAGCCAAGCACCCAGCAACCUCCCUUAUCCACUGUCACUCCUCACGACUUCUGAAUCCGCCGAACAAUGGCAAGCCAAUGAGAACCUCAUGGUCGCUUGUUUACGGACCAGCGACGAUGAGACUGCUUCUAUCUGUCUGGAUAAAUUGUCUCAACGUUUUGGAUCCGACAACGAGCGCGUACAGGCAUUACGUGGACUGUACGAAGAAGCGACCGCGACGGACGAGCAAGCACUGUUGAAGGUGUUAAAGAGCUAUGACGAGAUACUAGUGGAGAAGCCCGCGAACGUACCGGUUAUGAAGAGAAAGGUUGCGCUGUUGAGGGGAUUGGGCAAGCUGGACGAGGCGAUAAAGACAUUGACUGAACUGCUGGAUAGCUCGCCGAUUGACGCUGAAGCCUGGGCAGAGUUGGCCGAGCUAUACUUCUCGCAGAGCAUGCAUUCGCAGGCUGUCUUUUGCUUAGAGGAAGUCCUGCUCAUCAUGCCAAAUGCUUGGAACAUUCACGCUCGUCUUGGUGAGACGCUAUUUGUGUCCGCUAAUGCCGCCGAGGACGCUGGUGGCAAGCUUAAGCUUCUCGCAGAUGCCCAGCGCAGCUUCUGCCGUAGUAUUGAGUUGUGCGACGACUACCUCCGUGGCUACUACGGUCUCAAACUCACAUCACAACGCCUCCUGGAAGUCUUGCCAAAAGCAGGCAGCAAACCUCCAAAAGCGCAAUCAUCAGAUGCCACAGUUGGCGACCUACCGCCGCCUUCUGUGGCCUCUGUGGAAAAGCUGCGCGAACUUUCGACAAAGAAGCUCUCGGAGAUUGUCAGACGUAGCAUGAGUGGUGAGCGAGGCUGGGAUGGGUACGACCAAGCCGAAUUGAUCGCCGCCAGAGAACUUCUGGACAGAGAUGCACAGUCUGUGCAGCGAUGA